AUCAUCGUUCACAGAUUCAGUAUGACAAAACUCUUCGCGCAAGAUUUGUCAGGGUCAAAACUUCACUAGUCGUUAAUUUCUCGUAUGUUGCAGCGGUUAUUACUAGUCACUCUACUUAGGUGAAACAAACGGGCGACGCCGCGCUCCGUUCACGGAGGGUGCAGGGCGCUUUCCGCGCUGCAGCCCGAGUUGACAACCAAUUAUAGCAUGGAUUGCCGACGCAUAUCAUAUGGAGAAGACAGUGUCAGCUGUCCCUGAGCCGCGUGAGUUGGAAGGGAGUCAUCCAUAGACCUGGAAAGAUUCCUCUCCUUCACAACCGGCGAGCUUGGCAACGGGCUCGGCUCCAGAACGGAGCUGGGCAGACGCCGGUCUGGCGCCACGCCGUGGAGGCGAUGCCACGUGGACCGCAGCCCAGCGCGACUUUCUGGAGCAGGGGUGAGCGCAUCAGCAGGUUCCCUCUCGCCGCAAGCUAUGUCCCCAUUGCCACACACACUCUCUGCCCGCGGGGCGCCGCUGGGAACGGCCUCUGUCGGCAGCGCUGGCGGCACACCGCCCGCUGCCAGAAGCAGCGCCGCCGCGCCGUCAACGCCGCCGCCUGCGCUGGCGCUAGCAGAGGUCACGGCGGCACUGGCAGCAGGACAGCAGUCGCCGCUGCGCGGCGCCGCGCACAGCAGCAGUUUGUGGGACUCUCCAUUCGCAGCAGCAGCAGCUGCUGCUGCUGCUGCUGCUGCUGCUGCUGCUGCAGCUGCUACUGCUGCAGCUGCAGCUGCUGCUGCCGAGGCAUCAGGAGCUAAUGGCGCCGGCAGCAGCGGCGGUAUGGGAGCAGCUCAGGCAAACAGCCGCCAGCACCACCGCCGGUACAGCAGCCUCGCCGCUUACUACAGCAGCAGCACAGCUGCCGCCGUGGCGCCAGCCGGCGCUGCUAGUGUGGGUGCGGGCGGCAGGAAUGCGGGCGCGUUGCCGAUGGCGGGGGCACAGAGAGACAGCGGGUACGGAGGUGGCAGCCCUGCCGCGGUGCGCGCCACGGCAGCGGACAUCCGGGCACUGCGGCUCUCAACGGAACGCGCCGCCUCCUGUGGGGGGGCAGCGACCUUGCCCCGCCGUACCGGCAGCAUAACCUCUCCCAGUGCUUCCGCCUUUGCUGCCGGCGGCGGCGGCGGCGGGGCGUUGCCGCCGUCUACUCGGUCCGGCUACGGGCACCCGCCGCCGCCUACCACCGCUGCUUCGAUGGGCGCCGCGCCGAACUUGGACGGCGUGGAAUCCGCAGCGCCGCUGUCGAACGAGGCGGUGGCGGCAGUGGCGGUGGCAAGGGUUGACUCUAUGGGAACAGUACUACACCGGCGGUCUAAGCCGCCGCCGCAGCGGCUGCCAUCGGCGCGGUCACUGGGCGGUCGCUCGACACCUCCGCCGCCCACACAGCAAAGCAGCCGCGUGUUUGCCUACCAGCAGUCACCGCAGCGGGCACCGGCGGCGGGUGAUGACAGCGACGACGCGCAAGCGGCAGCUCUGUGCAGGCGUGUCGACUCGGAGGGCGGUGCCGGCACGCUCCGGGCCGUCAGGGGCACCAGCCGGCUGCGUCUGAUGCACCACCAGGCCAACGGUGGCGCAAGCAGUGACGUCGGCGGCGGCGCGCUACCGAAAGCACAGGUGGCAGCAGCGGCUGGUUUUAGUACCGGUAGUGCAGCUUGUGACGAUGGCGAUGAGGUAAACUCGCCGGCGGCCGCCGGUGCCGCAGUUUUUACCGGCGUGCCGCCUAGCGUUCCAGCAGUAGGGCUGCUUGGCGACGGGUCGCUGUUGGUGGUCCGCAGCACCGCCGGCAUCUUGCCUGGUGUUUCUGGCGCGCCGCCCGCGGCAUUUGGUGGCGCUCGCUGGUCGGUCCUGCCUGUGACGCCCGAGGCUGGUGAGAACGGCACGACCAGCAUGCUCGUGCCGCUGGAGGCAGCAGCCAACACGGCGGCGCCGGAGGCGCCAGAGGCGGCGCCAGCGAAGAGGGGAGAGAUUUGGGAGGGCCAGCAGCGGCAGUUCCGCCGCCAGUGGAAAUCGAGCUGCCUGCCCGAAGUCGCAGCAGCAGCAGCAGCAGGAGCGACCACGGCGUCUUGGACGGCAGCGGCGGCGGCGGCAGACACCUCGUCUUUGGCCAGGCGCAGCACUGUGGCCAGCAGCAUCCCAUACCAGCAACACCAACACCAGCACCAGCACCAACACCAGCAGCUGCAGAGCGAGGCGCAUUCCAGUAAUCAGCCACCGCACGCGCUGCCACAACACCCAGCCGCUGCCUCAGCCGCCGCCUGCUGGCGCAAGAGCCCGGUAUUCCGGCCCCUGAGUGUUUCGCGGCCGCAUCACCUCACCUUCCAUGUGGCGGGCCUGGGCGGUUGCCUCACCUUCCUCGCGGCCUUCGCGCCCGCGGCCCUGGAGCCCGUGAUGAAGGAUUCUCUGGGGCUCGAGCGCUCUGACCUGCAUGCGGCGUCUCUGGCCACACUGGCGGCGGCGCUGGCGAUGCAGUUCGUGAUGGCGGCGGUGGUACGGCGCUUGGGGCCUCGGUACUGCCAGGUGGCGGUGCUUCUGGGUCUGGCCCCCGUGCUGGCCUGCAUGGCGCUGCUGACGGCGGGCCGGCGGGCGGAGCUGUUCGUGUUGCUGCGGCUGCUGCUGGGGGCCGGCCUGUCGCUGGGUGUGGUCACCAGGUGGUGGAUGGGCAACAUGUUCGAAGCGGCCGCCUGCAGCGCCGCCGCCGCAGCCGCCGCCGGGCUCAGCUACACGGGCGCGGGGCUGGCGCCGCUGCUGCUGCCGCCGCUGUACCUCGGCCUGGAGGACUCCUACCGCGCCACCGCUGACGUGGCUCAGGACCCGGAGGCGGCGGCGGCGGCCGACGCCUGGCGAUGCAGCUUCUUCGUGCUGUCGGGGUUGUGCCUGGCGGCGGCGGUGCUGACGUUGCUGCUUGGCCAGGACUGCCCCCACGGUGACAUCCUGGAUCCCAAGCCUCUGCCGGCACGUGGCGUGCUCCUGCUCGAGGGCGGCGCCCUGGGUGGCGGCGGCGGCGGGAUCAAGAUGGGCGUCGGGGUGGAGGAGUGGAGUCCGGAGCUGGCGGCGGAGGCGGCGUGGCAGCAGCAACGCCGCGUGGCGGCCCUGUUUGACAAGCGCAAAGCUGAGGGCCGGCUGAAGCAGCUGCAGGCGCUGCGGGAGCGGCAUGACACACGGAAGAGCCGGCGGCGCAGCGGGCGUGAUGGCGGCGGCAGCGGGAAUGCAGGGCUGCUGCAGCGGCUCACUGGGGGGUCGCUGGCGCUUAGCGGGCUUGACGGCGGCAGGCCAGCGGGGGCGGCGGUGGGAGCAGACAGCAGCGGCAGUCGGCGCAAGCCCAGCUCGCCUGUAGCAAUGACGCCGGCGGUGGGCUUCGGUCGGAGGAGCAGGCAGCGGCCGGAGGAGGCGUCCGAGGACGGGGAAGUGUUUGACAUCCUGAACACGGUGAACACAAUUCUGAGCAUCAGUGACCAUCAGCGGCCGUCAAUGUUCGGCGCUCCCGCCAGCAGUGUGCAAUUGAAUCUGAUGGGGGAGACCCCUCGACCCAUCACUGCUACAGCUGCCACUACGGCUACUGCCACGGCUGCUGCUGCGCUCAUGGCAGCGGCGGCCAACGAAGAGCCUCAGCAACUGGCGGCCGGCGCAGGCUGCAGCUGCAGCGGCGCCGGCGUUGCGUUGUGGUCAAGGCAGCUGCAGUGGCCGUAUCAGCACUCGCCUCUCCAUGCGGCCGGCGUCUCCACGCCACCAAGAACUUAAGCGGCGAGCGUCAGCUGACCGAUUGCCCCCCGUGUUGCAUGGGGCAUGGGGCAUCGCUGCGACACUUAAACAGCCUUUGAUUUGGACCACUGUUUGAUUUGCACCACUGUUUAUAGGUA